AUGACAGUAAAGAGCGAUCACCUUUACAUCUGUGUUGAAUUUGAAAUGUGGAUCCAAAUUGGACUGGAAUAUUAUUUUUACACAGAGAGCGCUCCGCAAUUGGUCAAUGCGAUGUUUCAAAAAAGAGCGUUCACACACAAAAAUAGCGGACUGUCAGCAUCACAAUGGGUGGAGCGGGUACUAGAUGUGACGAAUUGUGAAUCGAUUGAUCAACUGGAUCUCAAGGGAUCUCCACAAGUUGAUGUGUGCGACACCUUUGGUAAACUACAAAAUAUCUAUAAAUUAAGCAUCUUCAAGGACUGUACCACUAGCUUUGCAAAGAAAGCGCUGGAAAUCAUCCUACCAGUCACCAGGGAAAUUACAUUCUUCAGAAUUCAAUUUGAGACCAGAGAAGAGUUCCAGACAUUCCUAAAGAGCAAUUUGAACUACUUGACUAUUAAUGCUUGCUAUUUCUCGAUGUUCACUUUUGACGACCUUCUAGUCACAAACAUACUCAAACUGAAAUUGAGAGAAGUCAAAUUGAGUUCCACAGAUUUCAGUCAAUUUCUUACAAAGUGGUUUCACAGUAAAGACAAUUCUCGACUAGAACAUUUGACAUUGUGCACAUUGGGAGGUAUCAAUGAAACGUGCCUUCCCGAAGUACUGAACGCUGUUCCUUUUCCAGUAAACGAAGAUAGAAUGUUCUGCUAUUCAAAACAGCUAGACACUUCCACGAAUACGUUUCGGGGAGGAUAUGAUAUAAGGAGAGCGGAUGGGAAGAAAGCCACAAUUAAAUUUGUAUCCCUUUUCGGACGGACGUACAUCGAUUUUUAUGUUUGGCCGUGA